AUGUUUCUCCGUCCUUCUUCUUGCUCCACUUUACUACUUUGCCUCGGGCAAACGGUAUCUCAGCAGGUUGAGGCCAAUACAGCCUCUUGCGAAAAUGCGGUGAGAUUAUUAUUAUCUCAUGAUUUAGGUUUAUCUUUGUCUCUAGACAAUAGUCAACUGCCGGAUUUUCAACAGGACUUAUUGCUUUCAGACAGUGAGAGCUCUCGCCCACUGUUCUGGGCGCAGCAGCAAUCAUCUACACAGCCUGCUUGUUACGUCCGGGCGUCAUCAAAAGAAGACAUCGUCUCUGUUCUCUCCGCAUCACGCGAUUCAGGCUGCCCAUUUGCCGUCCGAGGCGGUGGCCACUCUGACAUCUAUGGCGCCAGCAACAGCCCUGGUGGCAUUACUAUUGAUCUUUCCGGCCUAAAUGAGAUUGAGAUAGUGGAAAGUGAAAAUCUUGCAAGAGUUGGAGCUGGUUUGACUUGGGGAACUGUUUACUCAGAGCUCGAAAAAAGAAACUUGACUGUCGUUGGCGGUAGGCUUACCAGUGUUGGUGUCGGUGGUCUCACACUGGGUGGAGGUCUCAGUCAUUUCUCGGGGAUGCAUGGCUGGGCUUGCGACAAUGUCAAAAGCUUUGAGAUUGUAUUGGCCAACGGCAGUGUUAUCGAAGCCUCAGCGUCCACACAUCCGGAUCUUCACCGUGCCUUGCGCGGCGGAGGUAACAAUUUCGGCGUCGUCACACGAUUUGACCUCACCACUUACAAGCAGGGCCCGAUGUGGGGAGGUCUUCAUGUUUGGCCAUACCAGCCUCAAGUGACCAGCGCCAUCACAUCCGCCUUCUUGGAUUUCGCGCACGAAAGUCCAUCAGAUCCACAUGUGUCAGUUUUUGCUGGCUUAGGAUACAAAAUGGGUCUUUUUGCGUGGGCUGCAGGAUUGUACGACUCCUUGGGACGAGAACAAGCUCCUAUUUUUGAGAGGUUUGUGGACAAUGAGGAGACCAUUGGCACCACGAAGAUGAUGACAACAGCCCGAAUUACAUCACUAUCUGACCUUGCGGACGAGCUGGACAAGUCUGAACCGGCCGGUAUUCGUAGCAGAUUCACUACCGCGACAUUCAAAGCAGACAAGGAGCUACUUCAGUUGAUGGUAGAUGUCUUUGUUCACGAGGUAAAUAAAGCUUUAGACGAUGGCCUCAAGGAGGAUGAGCGCUUUGCCCCAAUGCUUGGAAUCCAGCCACUCACCCGAAACUUUCUGGAAGAAAGUCAGAAAAAUGGUGGAAACGUGAUGGGGCUCGAUGUCGAGGAUGCGCCAAUGAUCGUUUGUUCCUUUGGCUGGGAAUGGUCAAGGGAGUCGGAUGACGAAGUGGUGAUCCGCGGGAUCAAGGCCGUCCAUGAUCAGUCGGUCGUCGCGGCAAAGCAGCGAGGGCUUUACCGCCCGUUCAAAUACAUGAACUAUGCUGCUGCAGAUCAAGAUCCGAUAAGGAGUUACGGGUCAGAAAGCGUUGCAUUUUUGAAGAAGGUCAAGCAGUUUUAUGAUCCUGAAGGAGUAUUUUCAAAGCUUGUUCCUGGUGGCUUCAAGAUUUUUUAA